AUGCCUCCGGCUAAUGGGAAAACAUCAGUCACGGCGGAGGUUGCCCUUGUACCGCUCAAGAAUUGUCUUGUUAAUUUGCCAUCGUCGCUGGUUUCUCUGUUGAUAAACGCAAAUACGCCUGCCCAAAAUGUUGUUGUCGAAAUUCAGUACCACUCUACCGCCGGCGUGUCACAAUCGCAAAAAUUCUCCUACGUUGGCUGGACGGGUAUGCCAAGUAAGCGCAGGCUCUCACCGGUAGUCAGCAGAGACGGAAUUAGCGGUUCAAGAGGCUCCUCAAGAGAGCACGAGAUCCCCAUCUUGGAUAUAGAUUCUUCCUUUGGUAGAGUUUUGGGAUUGAGUGACGGUCAACGGGUCGGGUUGCUAUUGCAUCUCGACCCCCCAGUGGCUCAUACUGUCAAUAUAGAACCCCUAACAUCGGCGGAUUGGGAGAUUAUUGAGCUGCAUGCUACAUUCCUAGAACUUAAUCUCCUGUCUCAAAUUCGCGCUCUUCCAAACCCGGCAUAUAGCAUGGCAACAUCUGGACAAAUAUCCCAUUCCCAUAGCCUCACACUACAUCUGUCACCCACCUCAACGGCCAACAUUACCAUCACCUCACUAAUUCCACCGCCGCCUUCCACUUCGCCUUUUGCGAAAAUUGCACCAGAUGCUGAAGUUAUAGUUGCUCCAAAAGUGCGUCCAAAAUUUGGAAGACCUUCGCGCAGCGAAAUUAGGAGCACGGCGAGCGCUGGGAGCAAAAGCAUCAGUGGUCGUAGCAGUGGAAGUACUAUCCGUCCCAGGAGUAGCCAUUCCGAUUUGGCGUCGCGCGGAACAGUCUAUCUUCGAGGUGUAGAUCGGAGCGUGGCUCGGAAUUGGUUUGAUGAGGGUGCAGACAAUCAGAAAAACGAGGGACUUAGGAUAUGGGUUGACUAUGACAUCCUGGCGAAAAAUGAGCUGCGCGGAGCAAUAUGGGCAUGCGUCUCGAUAGUAACUCCACCCGGACUACUUCCACCUGUCGACCCUCAACAGCAGGUACAGCAAAAGGAGCAAGAGACCUCUGAUGCAGGCAAGGCUUCCAAGAAAGUUGUUGCCAGAAUUCUCCCAUGGGUUCAAAGCCCUGAUUGCCAACAUGUCACCCUUUCCUCCCAACUCUGUUCCGCCCUAGGAUCUGGUGGAAUGGUUGGGGGGAUUGUUCGUGUUGAGCCAGCGCCCCUUCCAAUCCAGUGGUCUUCUGUAAAAUCAAUCAAAGUCUUUCCUUUCGCUACGGCCUCGCUGAAAAAGAAGGAUGGUUUAAAAUUCGGUGGCGAUCCAUCUGCAUCCCGCGAUGCUCUGGCUGAAAAAACUAAACUAUUAUAUGGCACCCCAGGUUCAUCGGGUACAGGAAUGCUGUCGGGCCCAAUCACAGAUGGGAUGAUUUUGCCCAGCCUUGAAGACCGAUUCACAUCGUCUGACUUUGAAGGCGCUAUUGUUCGCUUCGACCCUCCAUUGAACACGUCUUCGGAUGCUGGUGGCAGGCCUGCGUUUGGCUGGCUUCUGGGCUCGGAAUGCAGAGCCAACUUAGAGAUCCAGCCAGAAAUACCAAUACCGCAGGACAGUGUUCCUUCAUUCUCCCCAUCUACUGUUCUCAUUCCAUAUGAAGCGCCUAUUUUGGUAGGGAUAGAUACAACUAUCGAAAGUUGUUUAUCGAAUCUUACUCGGUCGUCAUCGGUUCUUCUUACUGGCGGUUUAGGGGCAGGCAAGACAUCUCUCUGCCAUUUACUAGCUAACAGUUUACGGGAGGAUUACCUAUUUAACGUCUCCUAUUUUUCUUGCCGGAAGUUGGUCACGGAUGAAACACGAAUUUUCGCCAUUAAGGAAACGCUUCAUCGCCUUUUCUUGUCUGCAACCUGGUGUGCUAGGCAAGGUGGCAAGUCAAUCGUGAUCUUGGAUGACCUUGAUCGACUCUGUCCUGUGGAAACAGAGCUUCAAGUUGGCGGUGAGAAUGGAAGGAGUCGCCAGAUCAGUGAGAUCGUGUGUUCAACAGUAAGAGAAUUCUGUUCGGCUAGGUCUUCGGUUGUGAUACUUGCGACAGCACAAGCGAAAGAAUCCCUUAACAACGUUGUUGUUGGAGGUCAUGUUGUACGGGAAAUCAUUAGCUUGAAGGCGCCAAAUAAGGACGGAAGAAGAAAAAUUUUGGAGAAAUUAACUUUUGAGGACGCGGCGGCUGCAACUUUCCAAAUUAAAGUCAACGGUCAUUCUAGAAGUCGCAGCUCGUCCACGCAAGAGACUUGGCUCGACCCCUCAAAUCCCGGCAGCCGACCAAGUUCGUCCCGCGGGUCCGAUGGUUUCGUUUUGAGCCGAGACUUGGAUUUUCUUGACUUAGCUGGAAAGACAGACGGAUACAUGCCCGGAGAUCUCGUCCUUUUAACUGCUCGUGCAAGGAAUGAAGUUCUGAUCCGUUUGGUUAAAGAUACAUCAUCUGUUUCGGCCACAGUUACAUUGGGUACAGAAGAUUUUGCCCGUGCGCUGAAGGGAUUUACCCCUGCAUCUCUCCGCAAUGUCACUCUGACAUCCUCCUCGACCACCUUUGCGUCAAUAGGUGGGCUUCAUGAGACGAGAAAAACACUCCUCGAAACCCUUCAGUAUCCCACAACAUAUGCACCGAUAUUUGCUCAGUGUCCACUUCGCCUACGUUCUGGUUUGUUGCUUUAUGGAUUUCCGGGAUGCGGGAAAACACUUCUUGCAAGUGCAGUUGCGGGGGAGUGCGGACUCAACUUCAUCAGUGUAAAGGGCCCCGAAAUUCUCAACAAGUAUAUCGGAGCAAGUGAAAAAAGCGUGCGCGAUUUAUUUGAACGAGCUGAGGCUGCGAGGCCCUGCGUCCUUUUCUUCGAUGAAUUCGACAGUAUCGCGCCAAAGCGAGGACAUGACUCCACAGGUGUCACUGAUAGAGUAGUCAAUCAGCUUCUUACCCAGAUGGAUGGUGCGGAAGGGCUUUCGGGAGUGUACGUUCUGGCAGCUACGUCACGACCAGACCUCAUUGACCCCGCUUUGCUCCGACCGGGACGUCUCGAUAAAUCCCUUCUGUGCGACAUGCCUUCACACUUAGACCGGGUGGAUAUCAUCAAAACCCUGAGCAAGAAACUCAAACUUAGAGAGGAAGUAAUGGCGCGAGUUGAGGAAAUUGCUGAUCGUACAGAGGGAUAUUCCGGUGCCGAUCUGCAGGCAGUUUUAUAUAACGCCCAUCUCGAAGCCAUCCACGACGUUUUGGGCGAUAGAUCUUCCGAUCCAAAUUCACAGACUAAAUCGAAAGCGUUAGCAAACAGCGUCAAACCAGGAGUCAACGGUGCCACUCACUCAGGCCAAUCGGCAAGUAGGCCCUUUAUCCAAUUCCUGUACUCUUCAGACCAGCAUGCUACAGCUCUAGCAUCUGGGUACCGACCAACUGACAGCUCCGCUGCCUCUCUGAUCCCGUCUGCUAUUGUGGCAGCAAAACUAGACGCGAUUAAACAAGCCCGCAGACGUCAACGCCAGAUCUCACGUGAAGGAUUAGAUUCGCUAACUGAGGCUUCUACGAGCCGUGCCAAUAGUGUGGACGGUGCUAAUAAAAGUGCUGUUGAUGACAUCCAUAUAGGCUGGACCCACAUCGAGCGAUCCAUUGCUACCACUCGGUGUUCCAUCAGUGACGUGGAGCGGAAGCGCCUCGAAGUCAUCUAUAGGGAAUUCAUUGUGGGGAGGAACGGGGAGAUGCCUUCUGGAGAGGGCGGACGGGAGAUUGGAGGAAGAACAAGCUUGAUGUGA